UCUUUCCUUUUACGCGAGCUUAAGUGAACAGUCCUGCAAAAGAACUCUCAAACACAUUCUGUUCCGUUUUGAUGAACAUGAUAUAUUGCAAGAUCAUUCUACUUCAAUGAAGUCCUCUUUUUCUUUUGUCUUCACCUUUUGUAAAUGCUGUCAGCGGCAAAUACAGUGAAGAUUACCGACGUUGGCGUUUCCAAGGCUCUGGACCAGAUCACAGGAACUUUGGCGGGAACACCUGUUUAUAUGGCGCCGGAAGUGUUUCAUUCUAAGGUGUUUGACAGCACAGCAGACAUAUACAGCCUGGGGAUGAUCAUGAUAUUGUAGAUGUGGCAUGGACAGCAGGUCUUCAUUGAAAUACCAAAUUUUGUAGCUCUGUUUGCCAGGGUGGAUGAGGGCCUACGCCCAGAACAUGUACAAGGCGGUAAUCAGCCCCCACGCCGCUGGAGAGAGUUGAUGGAGAGCUGUUGGAGCAAAAAACCAGAGGAACGUCCAUCAGCUUCGCAUUGCCUUAAGGAGGCUAUUGAACUGCAUAGAGAAACAGUGGACGGCACUGACGACUAGGGCGUGUACAGGACAACUUAAUAGUGUGAGAAAACUGUAGAUUGCCUUUGAUGUUUUUUUCGCCUAAGUUUCACAUGGCUUUCCAAAUUGCAUGUCGUGUUUCCAUGAUCAGAUUAGUUCGCUAUCCUUUUG